AUGAGUCCAGACGCAGAGAUACAGACGAGUCCAGACGCCGAGAUACAGACGAGUCCAGACGCCGAGAUACAGACGGAUCCAGACGCAGAGAUACAGACGGGUCCAGACGCCGAGAUACAGACGGAUCCAGACGCAGAGAUACAGACGAGUCUAGACGCAGAGAUACAGACGAGUCCAGACGCCGAGAUACAGACGGAUCCAGACGCCGAGAUACAGACGAGUCCAGACGCCGAGAUACAGACGGGUCCAGACGCCGGGAUACAGACGAGUCCAGACGCCGAGAUACAGACGGGUCCAGACGCAGAGAUACAGACGGGUCCAGACGUCGAGAUACAGACGAGUCCAGACGCAGAGAUACAGACGGGUCCAGACGUCGAGAUACAGAUGAGUCCAGACGCUGAGAUGAGAUGA